AUGGCAGACCAGUCUCCCCAACCAUCUUCUUUACCCUCAUCACCCUUGAAAUCCCAACUCUCUAUGCGAGAGGCAGCAUUCCUUACAGCCAACCGUCGUCUUUCCACCCAGCCACACACUAUCCCUCAAGUCGCCGGAAGACCCUGGCAAAAUCCUUUAGCAGCCAGGCCACUCCAGUUCAAAAGGGAGCAGAGUUCUGAAAGCACCCUACUCCCAACAUUCUCCUCUGAGAGUGAAAAGAAGAGACAGGACGAUAAGGAGGUGUUUGGGAGAAUUCUCAACAACUUGGAGAAAGGAGGAGGACUGCCUGAAGCUAGGGUUGUGGACAAACCAUUGCCUUUGGAGGAGGAGAUGGAGGAAGCAUCAAGGAGAAGCGCUCUGGCACUCUUGGAUCUUAAGGAAACUGGUAAUGCAGAAUCCUCUGAGGGACCCAUUAGGGUUGCUUUAGAGGAAGAAGUGGCGGAGAAGCAGUCGGAAGUGGCUGAAGAGAAGAAGAAGAAGAUCAAAGAAAAGAGGGUUGAAGGAGAUGAGGAAGCCCAUCCAAUCAAGAAGAAGGAAAAGAGGACGGAUGAGAAGAAGGAACGCAAGCGGGAAGAGAGGCGCCUGAAGAAGAAGGAAGAGAGGAGAAAUAGGGCUGAGAGCCUAGAAUUGGAUGGAGAAUCCACCUCCGUGAGGGAGGACAAGGGGGAAUCAGUGCAACUAAGAGAAUCAGCAUAA